AAAAUUGCCUUUAUGGUAGCGUUAGGCCUGGUUACGACUGAAUACUUGGAAGAAAUCCAGAGCAAACGGCAGGAAAGAAAAAGAAGAAGUACCGCCAACCCAGCUUACAGUGGACUCUUGGAAACUGAGCGGAAACGCCUUGCAUCAAAUUAUUUGAACAACCCUUUUUUCCUCUCCACAAGAGCCAAUGAGGAUCCAUGUUGGAAGAAUGAGGUCAGCCAUGAGGAAUACUGUUCAGCGUGCAAGCAUGGUGCCAACUUACAACCUUGUGGAACAUGCUGCAGGGCCUAUCACCUCAGCUGCUUGGAUCCUCCCUUGAAGACUGUUCCGAAAGGAGUAUGGGUCUGUCCCAAGUGCCAAGAAAAGGUGUUAAAGAAAGAUGACAAUGUUCCCUGGUCUGGAACUCUGGCUGUGGUGCAAUCAUACGUUACUCAUAAAACAGUCAAAGAAGAAGAGAAAAGGAGGCUAUUAAAGACGAGCAGUGAAUUAAGAGCAGAACACAGACAGCUGGAGGAAAAAGAAUGCUUUCUUAAUAAUGCAAUGAAGAAAUGCCUAGAGCUCAAAAACAGCCUGUUGGCCCAGCAGAAAGGGGUUCAAUCAUCGCUGGAACACCUCAAAACUCUCAUUAGACUGAUACAGAAUGAGCAGAUGCUUCAGGUUACCAUGACAACAACAACCACCUCCUCCUCCUCCCUGCUGACUGUCCCCUGGACCAAAUCAUCUUCUGCCUCGGCUGCCGCUGCUCCCCAACCCUUGCAGUCGACACAGGGCAACAACUGA